GGGGGGGGGGGGGGGGGGGGGGACAAUACACCGUAUCUCCCGCCCAAGGAUCGACGUCGAUUGUCCUUGCGACGGCUACGGAUACACGAGAAAACGAGGAACCGCACCCGCGAAUGCAUGAACAAGGUGGUGCACCACCUGACGAGCAACUAUCAGUACAGUCACGGUUCCAUCUUCGAAGUGGCGCAUAUUGUCGAGAGGCCCACUAUCGUGGUCGACGGCAACAUCCGCAAGGGAAAGGCAGGAUACGCGCCCGCACCCGGCGGGACCUCCUCACUUGGCGACAUGCACCCUUCAAGGCUGCGUUGCAAGGGAAGGCAGAACUGAUGGAGGGGCUGACGAUGGAGCUGAACGACGAGGCGUACACCACCAAAACCUGCGGAUUCUGCGGUCGGCGACAGCAAAUGGGUGGGGAGUCGUGUACUCGUUGCAUGACGCCGACAGCGGUGUCACGGCGGAGGAGUGCUUCGUCAGCAUCCACCUGGAUGGCAGCAGCGACUGCUUUGGAAGAGGAAACGGUGGAGGAGGUGCGCGCAGCCGCUGCGUCUCGUGCGCAGCGAGAGCUGGAGGAGGUGGAAGAGGAGAUGGCGGAAUGGCGAAUCGACCACGAAAAUGAAGACCGAGACGUAUUUCAGUUGGAUUCAGAAGCCCGCUCCGAGGUUGCAUCUGAUCAGGAAUUCGAGCCGUUCUCAGACCCAGAAUCCGGUUCGAAUACCGUUGUGUCGCCCAUCCGGACGCAUCGUUCAGAUGCUACGGUGUCUACAGCUGAAGCCGCAUGCGCUUUCCGAUCCCCGGUGCAUGAUGAAGGGGGUUACUUCCACUGCAAGUAACGACUUAAUCAUGCAUACGAGUUUUUACCACCUACGGUAGGCUGCCAGAUAUCUGGUUACGACACCCCAAGGACACACCAUCCCGAG